AGCUAGCAUGUUCUCAAAGUGAAGCAAACACUAGUUCAGCAGGGCACUUAUCAAGUUCUCAUGUGUCGCUUAGCUAACUAUGUUUUUUGGUUUGCGGUACUUGUAGUGCCUACAAUACCGACACACUUACCUCACAGCUAACAGUUAGGUAAUCCACAAAAGCGGUCAGUGUUAUCCAGCUGCAUUACGAGAGGUAACGUUAGUUUAAAGCGGUACGUCGGUCUACGAGUUCUUAGCUCUGAAACUGGCCGUCAUGGGAGGCGUUCGCUGGGCGUUCCGGUGUGGCUCGUGGACGCCGAGCCGGUCCGAGUGGCUGUUAGCGGCCCGGUGUGUGCAGCGCGAAGAGAAAGAACGAAUCGGACAGUUCAUGUUUGCCAAAGAUGCCAAAUCAGCUAUGGCUGGCAGGUUGUUGUUGAGGAGGUUGGUGUGUGACAGGAUGGGUGUUCCCUGGUCUGACAUCCGCUUGGAGCGUUCUCCCAGAGGAAAACCCUACCUGGCCAACCCAGCCUGCUCCAGCCCUGAAACCAUGGGCUGGAGUUUUAACAUCUCCCACCAGGGUGACUACGCUGUGCUGGCUGCAGAGCAGGGGCUGCAGGUCGGGGUGGACGUAAUGAGGACCACCAUGCCAGGUAGCACUUCUGUGCCAGAGUUUUUCCGUAUCAUGACGAGGCAGUUUACUGAUUAUGAGUGGAGUGUUAUCCGCAGAGCAGGAUCGGAAUGGGAGCAACUGACCAUGUUCUACAGACACUGGGCGUUGAAGGAAAGUUUCAUCAAGGCGAUUGGCACAGGGCUGGGCUUUAAUCUACAGAGGGCGGAGUUUCACCUGUCACCUGAGCCAAUUGCAGAGGGCAAGGUGUGUCGCCGGACCACAAUGCACCUGGAUGAGGAAGAAGAGGAGGUCUGGGCCUUCGAGGAGACUGUAUUGGGUAAGGACCACCAUGUUGCUGUGGCACUGGGACGCAGCCAUACAGUCAGAUCUGUGCCUCCCCCUGCCCUCACUGAUCCUCCCCCCUCCUUCACCUUCCUCUCCUUCAGUGACCUCAUCAGCAUGGCCACACCCCUCUUUGAAGAAGACUCCGCCUACUGGGAGAACUUCCAGAAAAAGGCUGAAGCCCCGGAAAGACAAAGACUCACAGCUACAGUAUGAGCAUCUUCACAAGGUCCUUUGCUGCUGUUCUGGGAUUGAUUAGCACCAAAGUACGUUCAUCUCUAGGAGACGGAACGAGUCUCCUUCCUGAGUGGUAUGACGGCUGCGUGGUCUCAGGGUGUUUAUACUUGUGUACUAUUGUUUGUACAGAUGAACGUGGUACCUUCAUGCGUUUGGAAAUUCCACCCAAGGAUGAACAAGACUUGUGGACGUCUACAAUUUUUUUCUGAGGUCUUGGCUGAUUUCUUUUGAUUUUCCCACGAUGUCUAGCAAAGAGGCACUGAGUUUGAAGGUAUGCCUUGAAGUACAUCCACAGGUACAUUGACUCAACAGAUGCUCCUAAAGCCAUGACAUCAUUUUCUAGAAUUUUCUAAGCUGUUUAAAGGCACAGUCAAUUUAGUGUACAGUGCCUUGCGAAAGUAUUCGGCCCCCUUGAACUUUGCGACCUUUAGAAAGUAUUAACUUAAGGGGGCUGAAUAAUUUUGCACGCCCAAUUUUUCAGUUUUUGAUUUGUUAAAAAAGUUUGAAAUAUCCAAUAAAUGUCGUUCCACUUCAUGAUUGUGUCCCACUUGUUGUUGAUUCUUCACAAAAAAUACAGUUUUAUAUCUUUAUGUUUGAAGCCUGAAAUGUGGCAAAAGGUCGCAAAGUUCAAGGGGGCCGAAUACUUUUGCAAGGCACUGUAUGUUAACUCUUGACUCAUUGGAAUUGAUAGAUUAUUUCACUUAAAAUUCACUCUGUCUGUAAACAAUUGGAAAAAUGACUUGUGUUAUGCACAAAGUACUUAAAAAUCUCACAAUGUGAUUUUCUGGAUUUCUGUUUUGGAUUCUGUCUCUCACAGUUGAAGUGUACCUAUGAUAAAAAAUUACAGACCUCUACAUGCUUUGUAAGUAGGAAAACCUGCAAAAUCGGCAGUGUAUCAAAUACUUGUUCUCCCCACUGUAUGUUUUGAUUUGUAAUACAUUCUAAGGCUGCAUGAUGCGACUCUAAUGAUGAUUUGAAAAAAGUUGCAUGAAAGGCAUAUGCUCUGCUUUUUUUGUGCAGGCUGUACACACUUCAUCAGUCUCUCAUUCACAAGGACUUGAUAAUGCCUCGGAUUUCCCGGCUGCUUCCUUUUUGUGUGGCCGUAAUGACCCCUAAAUAAAUUCAUGCCUUUUGUGGUCAGUGAUCUCUCA